AUGGAGCCGACAAGACACUGUAUGCGUACCUCGCAGACGCUUCUACGGACAUUCACCAGCUCUCCCGCACGCGACACCACACUCCCUGCUUUCCUCGUCCCAGCCCUGGCCCAGAGACCGCAACAAACCUCACGAUUCUCGACGUCGUCGCCUCACCGGUCCAAGAUUGGCCGUGCGCCGCUGUCAUUGCCGCCAGGUGUCACAUUCAAAAUCCAAGAAGCGCCGCAGCUGAAAGACGAUGCACGUGUCAGUCGCAAUCAACCGGGUUCUACCGUCGAGAUCGAGGGUCCAUUGGGCAAGAUGACCAUGCAAGUGCCGGCAUAUGUGAAUAUACGGCAUGAUGAAGAGACAAGAACGCAUACAGUGAGAAUUGUGGAUCAAGAGGACAAGAAGCAGAAGGCAAUGUGGGGAACCGUAAGGGCAUAUCUACAAAAUCACAUUCUCGGUGUCAGCGAAGGUCACGCUGCGAUUCUGCGUCUUGUUGGAGUAGGAUAUCGAGCUACGAUCGAAAGCAGCGCUGUCACGAAAAAGCCGGAAUACCCAGGGCAGCAGUUCGUGUCGCUCAAGGUUGGCUAUUCGCACCCGAUCGAAAUGGGAGUCCCACAAGGUGUAAAAGCUAGCACACCGCAGCCUACGAGAAUACUACUGGAGGGUGUGGAGAAAGAGGUGGUGAUGCAGUUUGCGGCAGAGAUUCGCGCAUGGCGACGGCCUGAACCAUACAAAGGCAAGGGUAUCUUUGUGAAUGACGAGACGAUCAAGUUGAAAGCGAAGAAGAUCAAGUAG